AUGUUUGGUGCGCCACUCGCCUGCGCCUCUCUUCUCGCGGCCACCCUGGGCAGCGUCGUGCCAUGCCCUGGGCGAACCUCUCCGCUCGCGCGUGGCUGUCUGGGUCGUCCACUGUUUGGUAAGCGCUCCUUGGCCGAUGCAGCUCGCCAGUGCGUCCACCACAGGGCCGAGGCUCGAAAGCCGGCACAAAUCAAAUGUGAUGACGACUGCAGUGCUGUAGGCAACAUCAUUACGAAGGAAACCCAAUGGCGCGUGGUGUCCAUCGAGUAUCGAUUCUCUCGUCCUGAUGCAAUCACCGCGGCACCAGCAUCGACAUUGCAGUGCGCAAACGUGUCGGUCUGCAAGCGCCGAUGCGGGCGUGUCGAUCAUUGGCGAUGCGCUGGUGGUCAACAGACGACGUUCAAGGAAAGGAUCGUCACCGUCGGGAGCAGGAAUGCAGUCCGGUUAUCGUCUGAAUCCAGGGCGCAUCGUGGCAUUACUGAGAGUUUCCCACUGGCGCCGUGCCGAGUGCAGCCUAUCGGUGGAGGGAAUGCCAGUCGACCGCAGCACAGUAGCGUCAACAACAGGGAAGGAAACCCCCGAGCUAAAAUAGCUCCCGAGGUUGCCGCGCCAAGCCCGAACCUCAAUCAUCGAAGAUCUAACGUCAGAUCGCAGAUCCGGAUCGUUCACACUUCAAGAUCACUGUCCACGAGCUUUGCGCCGCCCGUCCUGCACACUCCUUCCGGAUUCCAAAUGACCCGGGUUUUGGCGCAAACCCAUCGCGUCGUAUGGGCACACGAGGGAGAUUGGGGCUAA